AGUCUUAUCAUUUUAUUCCCCUAAUAAACACUUAUCAGCUUCAAUUCUUUCAUUUCUUCCAACUAUAAAUACUAAAAUCUAUUCAUGCUACCACAGUCCACAUAUAAUAAACCAGCAACCCUUUCCACAAACACACUUAUUAUCAUCAAGAUUUGUGGAAUGGCUUGUGGUAGUAAGGAACUAGUUAUGGUUUUUCUUGUAUUGGCAAUGGCAACUACCUUGUCACUAGGCCAAUUUGGUUUUCCGCCUAUACCAGGCCUGCCACAUACACCAUCAGGGGCGCCACAUUCACCACCGGGUGCACCUACAGCGCCAAUUAUACCAUUUUUGAAACCACCUAAGGGAACUAGAAUCGGGUACUACUCACAAAGUUGUCCUCGAGUGGAGUCUGUUGUGAAAGCUACUAUCAAGAAACAUGUUGAUAAAGACAAAACAAUUGCCCCGGGGCUGCUUAGAUUGGUGUUUCAUGAUUGUUUUGUAAAUGGUUGCGAUGCUUCAAUCCUUCUUGAGGGACCAGACACUGAGAAAAAAGCCGGAAUCAAUGCUUUGUUGAGAGGGUAUGAGGUUAUUGAUGAUGUUAAGGCGGAAGUGGAAAAAGUAUGCCCUGGAGUUGUGUCUUGUGCUGAUAUUCUUGCUCUUGCUGCUCGUGAUUCCACAGUUGAGGCUGGUGCAAUGACCUAUGCAGUGCCUACAGGAAGAAAAGACGGGCGGGUAUCGAAAGCAUCAGAUUGCAGCAAUUUGCCAAGCUAUAUGGACUCUGUUGAUGUCUUGAAAAAGAAGUUCUCUGAUAAAGGUCUUGAUACUCAAGACCUUGUCACCCUAUCCGGAGGACACACAGUGGGAAGUGUUACAUGCCAAGUGAUAACCUACAGGCUGUACAAUUACACGGCUUCUGGUGGCGCUGACCCCUCCAUUGAUCCCGUCUUCCUCAAGACACUCCGAGCACUAUGUCCAUUUAACGGGGAUGGAUGGAGGCAUAUUCCAUUAGAUUAUGGCAGUGAAUUCAAAUUUGAUCACUCGUUCUUCACAAACGUAAAACAAGCCCGGGGAGUUCUUGAAUCGGAUCAAAGGUUGUGGGAGGACUCGUCGACUCAAGAUAUUGUGCAGCAGUAUAUUGGUGCCAGAGGAAUGCAUGGAUUUGCUUUGAAUGUUCAGUUUGGGAGGGCUAUGUAUAAGAUGACCAAUAUUGGAUUAAAGACCGAAGAAGAAGGUGAAAUUCGUAAAGUCUGUACCAAGAUUAACUAAAUAGUACUUUACACCUAAGUAUUCUCAAUUAAUAUAUACAUGUAUUGAGUGAGUUCUUGAAUAAUAUUGUUUUCUCCAUUUAAAGAAUGUGAAGUUGUUAAUUCCAGAACUUGUACUCAUACCAGUUUCUUAAUCAGUUUCAUGUAUUGCAAUUGUACCAUUAUAUUCCAAAACUUUUGAUUUUUAGUUCAUAA